AUGAGACACACUCCAUAUAGUUUAGUGGCCUUAUAAAGUGAGCCUAUUUGCAUAACAAAGCUUAAGCAGGAGCAAAAUAAUCAUGGUUUACAUAUUCAUGAUGAUAAUAAUAGCAUCGAGAGAAAUUCUCUUUAAAACAUAAAUAAAGAAAUUUACUCUUAACAACUUUCUGACUAAUCAAAAGCUUAAGAAAUUUUAAACAGAAAUCUUGCAUCUAACUUUACUAACCAGAAUCAAAGCCGCAUGCAAUCAGAAGAACCUCAAAGAGGAGAUGAAUUAAAUAAGGCCGGAAUGAUUCAGAUGAUUGGAGAAUAUUUGACUGAUAAGAUCCAUUACUUUAUGAGCGAUCAUUAUGGUUAACUUGAAACAAAAUAAACUAUGGAAAGUGAAGAUCAAUGA